CUUGGAGUAUGCCGAAUCGGUGUUGAAGGAACUCAUGUCUUUGAUCGAGACAUUGAAUGGAGGCUUUAAGACGAAUGUUGGACAAGUGAAGCUUCAUUGGCAAGGUCUGAAAAUUGUGGGAAAGGAGGAGAAAUUGAAGGGAUUGAUAGAUAAGGUCAAGGUAGCUAGAGAUUAAAUAAUGCUUGAGAUUGCGGUUUAGUUGAUGAAAGCCCAAGAGAUGUCUAGACGAGAAUCCGCUAGGCUUCGAGAAGUAAUACGCAGCAAGUUCCAAAUGGAUGGCAUCGAUUCGGUCGACGAAGAUAGCACUAUUGGGAACAUAAUUGAUAUUUCUGAUAGUCCAGCCACCGCUUGUUUCGAUGGUACUGAAGUACAGACCUCAGUGGUCGGACAGAAUGUGUUCUUGAAUACUACCGAAAUUGGAGUUGACGAAAAUUCAAAUCGGGCAGCUAGCCUUCCCGUCCAUUCUCCUCGAGUCGCUUCAGAAGGGCAGGCAUCAAUGGUCCAGAUGAAAACAUACUGGUGCGGAAUUGGACGAGUGCAGAAGGUGCGAACCUACAAGAUAAACUCAUCUCAUCCGACCGAAUCUGAAGUGCUGUAUUGUGAGACAAAUUUCUUGCCCUCAAAGUACGCAGCUUGGAUUCGAGCAGGUUACUCUAAGAAAAAGAGACCACGGAACAUUGGAGGUCUACGUACAUUCGAUCUUGCUCCUAUAUGCAUCGUGCCAGAGACUGCAGCAAUCUUUGAGGCUUGUAUGAGCGGUAAUCUAAAGCAAGUUAUCGAUCUUGUGAAGAUGAAGAAGGCCUCUGUCCACGACACAACUGUAGAUGGACUGACUCUCCUACAUGUUGCUGGAGCUUACAUUAGACCAGAAGUAUGCGAAUGGCUCAUUGAUAAUGGAAUAAGGACGGAUGCGAUCGAUAUCAGAAACGGAAGUGGAUGGGGUAAUGGGAUGAUAGACGAGGUAUGGUACCGGCUUCUGCGGCCUGAAAAGAAUUGGACUCGUCCUGUGGACGCUGUACAAACCAUCAGACUGCUCGUGGGAAAAGGUAAAUGUGACCCUAUGACCACGACAUCUAGUACCUUGAAGAGAAUUGGUAAAUUGGAUUUCUUCAAGACCGAUCAAACUCCACUUCACGACUUCAGUGGACCAGCAGAAGCGUUCCAAUAUCUGCUUCAACAGGACCAAUUCUCGAUUGAUCUAGAAACACGAAACGGAGAAGGUCUCACUGUCGUUGAUGCUCAUAUUAGGAACGGAAUUCCAGAGAGAGCAGCAGCUGCAAGACUCCUCGUAAAACAUUGGCGACCGUCGACCACUGUUGUAGAUACGCAAACCAACCCUAUAACGCCCGUUGGGACCGCCGUCGCCAAGUUCAUGAGCACUCGUCAAUUGAAGCGACAGCUGGCGGAAGAAGACUUUCUUCCCUGGGGCCAUGAGGGAGCCAAGCUUGAACAAAUUUGCGAAGCAUCGAUUCUGGAAGCGUCGUCUCUCGGGACCAAUAUCCACGCUUUAGAUAUCGGGGGGAGAACACCUUUCUCUGAGUUAACCAUGUACUCUGGUUCUAUACAGAACGAAAUUUAUGACGACCUUCCCAAGAGACUAAUGGUCUGGUUUAAAAUUUUAGUCGAAGCUGGGCAUGAACUACAAGAUUACAUUCGAGCGGAACGAAAAGCCCUCUUGGAUUACCACUCGGCUUCUUGGAGGAAGGACAAGGAAUGUUGUAAACAUCUGAUUACAGCUUGUCCGACCUAUAGCUGGGCUCUUUGCAGAUCAAUGAUGAUAGAGAUGAACGCAAUGACAGGUGAAAUGAUAAUACACAUCAAAGAGGAGUUUUCAAUUCCGGCAAAGGUCAAAAAUCUGGCAAUACGUUGUUGGGGAAGGGAACUAGGAUAGUCUUGCCCCCCUCGGCAGAUAAGCUUGGCC